UUAAAUCGAGGGGAUGGAAUUAGGGCUGUCACCAGUGAUAACCAGGACGGGGCAGAAAGAGGAGAGGAGCUGACGUCUUGUUCGUAAAAAUAACAUAUUUUAUUUUUAAACAACCUUAAUUGCAUUUUUAAAAAAAUAUAUAUAUAUAUCUAUAUAAGCCCCCACCCAAUUUAAUUUUUUUAAAAACCUUAACAGGAACGAAGACACCUUACCUCGUCUCAAUUUUUUUUCAAUAACAACAAUAACCAUGUACAGAUAUCUGGGCCAGCUUGUCUCCCGCGGAGCCGGUUCCGCUUUGGCCUCGGGUUGCGCUGAUUCCGCUCUGCCGGCCUCCGCGUCCCUGAUGCGGGUCCGCCACUAUAGCGAGGCGGUCGGGGGCCAGAAGGAAGACGACCCCAACUUCUUCAAGAUGGUGGAAGGCUUUUUCGAUCGCGGCGCCAGCAUUGUCGAGGACAAACUCGUGGAAGACCUCAAAACUAAAGAAACGGAGCAGCAGAAGCGCCACCGGGUCCGGGGAAUCCUCAAGAUUAUAAAGCCCUGCAACCACAUACUGAGCGUGUCAUUCCCUCUCAAGCGCGACAACGGGGAGUGGGAGGUGAUCGAGGGCUACCGAGCCCAGCACAGCCAGCACAGGACCCCCUGCAAAGGAGGUAUCCGUUACAGCACGGAUGUGUGCGUGGAUGAGGUGAAAGCCCUCGCCUCCCUGAUGACCUACAAGUGCGCUGUUGUUGAUGUACCAUUUGGAGGAGCCAAGGCAGGAGUGAAAAUCAACACAAAAAAUUACUCUGACACUGAAUUGGAAAAAAUCACAAGAAGAUUCACACUUGAGCUUGCAAAGAAGGGCUUUAUCGGACCUGGCAUCGAUGUCCCUGCCCCUGACAUGAGCACCGGAGAGAGGGAGAUGUCCUGGAUUGCAGACACCUACGCCAACACCUUGGGGCACAAUGAUAUCAACGCUCAUGCCUGUGUGACAGGGAAGCCCAUCAGCCAGGGCGGGAUCCACGGGAGGAUCUCUGCCACGGGCCGUGGUCUGUUCCAUGGAAUCGAGAACUUCAUCAACGAGGCUUCCUACAUGAGCAUGUUGGGCCUGAGCCCAGGGUUUGGGGACAAGACCUUCGUCAUUCAGGGGUUUGGUAACGUGGGUAUGCACUCCAUGCGCUACCUGCAUCGCUAUGGAGCCAAGUGCGUGGGUAUAGGGGAGGUGGACGGCGCCAUCUGGAACCCCAAUGGCAUCGACCCCAAAGAGCUGGAGGAUUACAAGCUGCAACAUGGCACGAUUGUGGGGUUCCCCAACUCCACCCCCUACGAGGGAAGCAUCCUAGAGGCAGACUGCAAUAUCCUGAUCCCUGCAGCCGGAGAGAAGCAGCUCACCAGGGCCAACGCACACAAGAUCAAGGCCAAGAUUGUCGCUGAAGGUGCUAAUGGCCCCACAACCCCUGAAGCAGACAAGAUCUUCUUGGAGAGGAAUAUCAUGGUUAUUCCGGACCUGUACUUGAACGCUGGUGGUGUGACAGUGUCGUACUUUGAGUGGCUGAAGAAUCUGAACCAUGUGAGCUACGGCCGCUUGACCUUCAAAUACGAGAGAGACUCCAACUACCACCUGCUCAUGUCUGUCCAGGAGAGUCUGGAGAGGAAGUUUGGGAAGGUUGGAGGGACUCUUCCAGUUGUACCCACAGAAGAGUUCCAGGCCAGGAUAGCUGGUGCUUCCGAGAAGGAUAUUGUCCACUCUGGCCUUGCUUACACCAUGGAACGGUCAGCCAGGCAAAUCAUGCGCACCGGCAUGAAGUAUAACCUGGGAUUGGACCUGAGAACUGCUGCUUAUGUCAACGCCAUCGAGAAAGUCUUCAAAGUCUACAACGAGGCUGGGCUGACCUUCACAUAAAAGAACUGCCUGUCUGCUGCCCUCCUCUCCGUCAGACCAAACCCAAUGCAGCCUUUAUAACAUAACAUAUCAGUCGUUUACAUAUUGUGUUUCGUAUACAGCCUGUACUUAUUUACGCUAAAUGUAACCAACAGAGAACUCUCUUGUGUUCCUAAAAUGUUUGUUAGAAGUAUAUAUAUAUAGUGAUAACCCUCUGAUUCUGUGCUGUUGACUUGUUCUGUUUCUACCUUUUUAAGUUUUAUUCCUUCCAGUCUUUUUUUUUUUUUUUAUCAUUCUGUUUUUAGUCUGUGUCAAUGGCAAAACACGAUGUGUACCUAAAGGGCUGAGCCACUGUUAACAAACAAGCCUAGCUCUGCCAAAGCAGGUCAGGAAUAGUGCAGCUUGUAUGACUGGUGUUUGUUUUAUGUUUAGGUCUUUUUGCUCAGCUUUACAAAUAAAACAGCAGGUAGGACGGGAGCUUAAACAAUAAGCCCAGUUGAACCCCAGUGUGAAUAGGAGAUGCAGAUUGAAUUAAUACCCAGUGGUGCCUUGAGCUUUGCACUGAGGCAUAGCAACACUGUGGUGAACUUGGAUGUAGUGUAUGGUAGUGAACAAUCUCUUUCACAUAAUGCCAAUUUAGUUUUUGUUUGUGUGUGGUUUUUUGCUUGGUCUCCUGGUUUCACAGCUAGUGUCCAAAAAUGAAUGCAACAUUCAUUUAGCUUAUAAUAAUGCACGGAAAUUUUACAAAAAACAAAAAAACAAAAUCUGCAACAAAGGUUAUCAUGUAAUUUCAAGAUCUUGAUUUGAUGCAGUGGAACCCCAUCGGUCUUAAUCACCAACCACUUCAGAACAACUUCUCAGUCCUCUAUAGUAGUAACACCUUUGCUGUCCUGUUUGGCUUUCCAUACAAAAAAAGAGAAACUUGUAACAAAUAAAUAAAGGAUCAAUCGGGAGAGGUUUUUUAUUUUUUAUUUUAUUUUUUAAUUGUUUUUAAAGCAGCCAUGUGAGCCUUCAUCUCAAAUCUACCUUGGGUUGAUUGGUUCAUUUGUACUGCCUUUUUCUCAAACUAAAAAUAAAAUUUAUAGAAGUUAA